CACGCUAUUGUAUCGUUAACUAUUGAAAAUACAAAAAAAUGUUUCCUAUGAAAUUUGUUCGACCUCGGGAGGACAUAUUCUAAUGUUAUUCAAUUUUCUGUAGAUACGCGCAUAAGGGUUGUGUGAAAAACAACUUUGUUUUUUUCUAUGGAAUCAUAUAUUCUUUGAUAUAUUAAAAAAAGAAAACGAAGUUGCUCUUCACAUAACAUUUACGCGUUUACCUACGGAGAAUCUAAUAACAUCAGAAUAUGUUCCCUCCGAAAUCAAACAAAUUUCAUAGGAAACAUUUUUUCGUAUUUUCAAUAGUUCAAAAGUACAUAUUUUGAAAUCUCAUUAACAAUGUAAUGAGACACGGCUAUCAUGAUUAUAUUGCUCAUAAUCACGAUAGUCGUGUCUGCAUAUUAAUUGAUUACAUUCUAAAACUUUUCGUGACCAAGUUUUGUUUUACAUAAAAAAAUAACUACAAUGUCCAAAUAAAAAAAUCCAGCGUGGACCGCCAAUGGCAUUCAACGUAGUAAAAUAAAAUGACAAAGCCGCGGUAAAGGAAUUCCUUUACAUGUACAAGAACAGUAUGCUUCCGCGAGGAGAAGUGUUCUCACUUUACUAUCCAUAUCUCCUUAAAGAAAUGGUAGCCCUGUUCAGGUUGUUUUAUUAUGCAAACGACUUCGAAACAUUCUACAAAACAGCUCUUUGGGCAAGAAACAACAUAAACGAGGGCGAAUAUAUUAUAGCCUUCUACAAUGCAGUAAUCAGAAGACAAGACACUAAGUUCAUUCAAUUGCCACCCCCAUACGAAGUCUGUCCAUACCUUUUCUUUAACUCGGAAGUCCUGCAAAAAAGCCAUCACGCAUCACUUUCUGACCUCCGUGAAACAAGUGGAGAAUACAAGACAUACAUAUUCCGGGCAAACUAUUCCGGUUGGUACAUGAAUCGUGAAUACUACUUGGAAAAUAAGUUGAAUUACUUCAUGGAAGAUAUCGGCUUAAAUGCCUACUACUUCUUCUUCCGACAAUCAUUCCCAUUUUGGAUGUCAUCCUCGGAAUUUGGUUUUCAAGAUUAUCGCGGAGCAGAAUACUUGUAUGGGCAUCAACAAAUAAUGAACAGAUACUAUUUAGAAAGACUUACGAAUGAAUUACCUAAUCUCGAAGACUUUGACUGGGAGAAACCAUUCUAUGCUGGUUAUUAUCCUACUAUGACAUACCAAAAUGGAUUACCAUUCCCUCAGAGACCAGAAUGGAGUAACUUCCCUAGCUACAAAUACAAAUACAUUACGGACAUCAAAGACAAAGAAUCGAGAAUAAUGUCUGCAAUUGAUACUGGUUAUGUAUUCGGCAAUGGUACUACCAAGUAUUACAUCUAUAACGAGGAUGGUUUGAACAUUCUUGGAAAUAUAAUUGAAGGCAACGAAGAUUCCUUUAACCAACGAUUCUAUGGCAGUAUUGAUGCCCUUGGCAGGAAAAUCCUUGGUUACAAUCUAGAACCAUCAAGCAAGUAUAAAAUCCUUCCCAGUGCCUUGGAAAUCUUUUCUACUUCUUUAAGAGACCCUGCCUUCUAUCGUCUCUAUAAGAGAAUAGUGGACCUUUAUUACAGGUACAAAAUGCAUCAGACGCCAUACAACAAAGAUGAACUCAUCUAUCCUAAUUUGAAAAUUGAAUCUUUCUCUAUUGAUAAACUCAUUACAUAUUUUGAGCAAUUUGAUACAACAAUCAGCAAUGGGUUGUUUAUGGAUGCACAAAAAGAUGACAAAUUGCCAUUAAUUAAAAUUAGACAGCCUCGUCUAAAUCACAAACCAUUUAAUUUCCACAUUACCAUCAAUUCUGAUAAAGCAAUGAAAGCAGCUAUCAGAAUUUUCCUUGGACCCAAAUAUAGUUCACACCAUAAACUAUAUGAACUUCCAGAAAAUCUUAAAUACUUCUAUGAAAUUGACAACUGGAUCCUUGACUUGAAUGCUGGUCUGAACAAAAUUACACGUAAUAGUCAGGAAUGCUUCUUUACAAUCAAUGACCAAGAACCAAGUGAAGUUUUCUAUAGCAAACUCGAAGCAUCUCUCUAUAGUGACAAAACAUUCAAUUACUAUGAAAGAGUCUUUGGAUUCCCAGAAAGACUGUUAUUACCAAAGGGUAAAAAAGAAGGGAUGCCAUUCCAACUGUUCUUAUAUGUUAGCCCAGUUUCUACGGAAUACCAAUUCACUUCUAGAAUAUGGGGUGAUUAUAAAUUUGACAACAGACCAUUUGGUUUUCCACUAGAUAAACCUCUUGAUAAUUUCAACUAUGAUGGACCUAACAUGUUAUUCAAAGACAUUCUUAUUUAUCACAAGGAGGAAUUCGACAUAAACAUUACUUAUUAAUAACUUUCUCUUUCUCUUGUAUCUCUCACAUUUAUUUUUAUAAUAUUCAUAAUUUUGCAAUAAACGUUACUUUCUUUAUCUUCCAA